AUGGAGGAGGAUAACACUACUGGAUCUUCGGACCUCAUUUUGGGCCGACCUUUUCUUAGUACUGCAAGCACUAAGAUCGACGUUCGAAGCGAAACUCUUAUGAUGAAAUUUGAUGGGAAGAUCGUGAAGUUUAAUAUUUAUGAUGCCAUUAGUCAUCCAAGCGAAAUUUUGAGCGUAAAUUGUGUCGACAUAAUCGACUCAUUAGUAGAUGAGACUUUUGAGUCGAUUUAUGAAGAUAAAUCUAAAUUUAUAUCUGAUGACUAUGAAUCUGUUAAUGAGUUAUUGUCUCCAUCAAAUACUAAACUUUUACCUUCUAUUGUGCAGGCUCCAGAAUUGGAAUUGAAACCGCUUUCCGAACAUCUUAAGUAUGCGUUUUUGGGGAAAGGAUCGUUACCCACUGAGUUAGCACGUUCCGUGAAGGACAAGCUUAGAAGGGAAGCUCAUAUUACAUUUGGGACGACUCAUACUUGUGGAAACACUAAGCCUGUGGAGGUCACUUCGGCCCUAAACGGACAGCUCACAAGGUUUGGCACACCUCGAGCUUUGAUCAGUGAUCGUGGGACCCACUUUUGCAACAAGGUUAUUGAGGCACUAUUAUCAAAAUAUGGAGUUCAUUAUCGUAUAGCAACAGCCUACCAUCCCCAAACGAACGGUUUAGCAGAGAUUUCAAACAGGGAGAUCAAGUCUAUUUUGGAAAAAAUAGUUCGGCCCAACCGAAAGGAUUGGAGUCUUCGGCUCAAUGACGCGCUUUGGGCCUAUCAGAUGGCGUAUAAGGGACCGAUUGGAAUGACCCCGUAUCGACUUGUUUUUGGCAAAGCAUGUCAUUUCCCAGUAGAACUGGAGCAUAAAGCUUAUUGGGCUAUUUGA